AUGGUUGAAUAUCCUUACGAAAUUACACCUCUUCAACAUUUCGAGGAUGAGGAGCGCAUGAACAUUCUUGCUGCAACUAUCAACACUGGACGUUUCAGUGUUAGUUGCAGCAAGAAUGUUCAUGCGCUCCUCAUCCUCGAAAUGUUGAAGAGGUGUAAUUUCGUAAGGAUAUUCAACCAUUUUUUUGUUUCCCAGCGCAGCUGCCUCUUGAAUUGGGCUUAUGCCGAAGCGGUUUUGAAUUGUUGGCAGAGUAUUAUAUUUUUCGUACACGACCUUGGCAAUUUCUACAUCCCUGAUACAGCUGCACAAAAGAAAGCUGUAUUUCCAUAA